CCCCUGACCUCUGUAUGGACAGUGCUGAUUGGCCCUGUGCUGAUCACAUGCACUUUCCCCCCCCCCAAAAAAAAAAAAAACUCUAGCAAUACACACCAAACUUAGCAUGUGUAGAGUGUCGCCACACAAUAUGUCUUAUCAGGAGAUAAGACGUGCACAUUUGAACAAGAGCAGGGGCAGAGAAAAGAGGAUCAAAUGGCCUUUCUACACAAUGCAGAGGAUUAACCCCUCAGGUUCCACAGUGAGUAUAACAAGCAUGCUUUACUGCAUAUACAGACUGAUUUUACUGUUGUGGAUUUAGUAACACUU